CGUAUUAAAUGACAGUUAGUUAGUAUAAAGGGACAACGUCACAGCAGGUAGUAUCUAGACUGGUAAUUAAAGCAAACACAUAAAUGCCCACAAGAUAUCCUUCAUCAUGACUAUCAUGAGCAAUUAGUGAAGAAUCUGUCGAUAGGUCGUAACAUCAUAAUCAGUGGACAAUUUACGGUCGACAGUCUGACAAAGAGGUCGUACCUACUUAGAUAUACUUUACACAAAAAAAAGUGUGAUUGAACUCAAGGAAAAUAUGAAAUGUGUUUUGAAAGUGUGUGUUCUAACGGUUUUGCUUUACCAAGUGGUGGUUGCUGAUAGACCAGGAAAACCAUGCGGGCGAUGCGUGCCUGCACAAAAAUGUGAUAUGGUAAAUUUAAUGUCAAGAUCAGAACAAGAGGAGUGGUCCAAGAAGUACUAUUGUGAUGCCCCAAGAGAGGCUAACAACGCAGCUGUACCGUUCGGGUUUGCAUCGGUCGCUAAAGGAGAUUAUGUUUGCUGUCCCUUGACCAAUAGCAACAAACCACAUCCGAAUAGGGAGCCGAGCAUCGAUAGCGGCGCCAUCGUAUUUGAUAAUGGCCCGCUACAGAUUAGUGGGCAGAUACGUAAUAGCAACCAAAUGGAAAUUAAUAAACGUAUACAAAGACAACAGAUUGAUACGUCGGGCACAAUAGACUCAAUCAGCAGCCAAAUAACGAGCAGGCCUCUUGUUCAGAAUAUAAAUAGCACGACUAAAAAACCUUCCACUGCAAACAGGCCAGGACGAGAUAAUCCCCUUGCGAAUGUCAAAAGACCGACAGAAAAUGGCAACAUGAAUAACGGUAACCGGCCAAACUACGAAUUCCCUACUUUUGGAAGAGACGGUCGUCCUAUAUUUAACAAUCAAAACUCCUUCGACAAUCAAAAUGGGCCACAGUUCAGCCAACAAUACCAGAAUCAGCCGGCGUUUUAUGGAAAUAAUGAAUUCGGUUUCACACCACCAGACCCCGCUGGUUUUGAUAACACGAGAGCCCCGAGUCAACAAGGCCGUCGCCGCCCCACCAAUGUCAGGAGUCCGAGGCCACCCAUUACCGAUAAUCCUUAUUUUUUACCGAAAAAUCCUAAUACGGCUGGCAACAGACGUAUGGGAAAUCCUCGUGUCGGAAACUCCUUCGCUAAUGGGAUAUCGGGUCAAUGUUCUGCGCUAACAAGCUUUCCUCCUGACCCAAAUACUGGUUGCUGCGGGAGAGACCCCUCCGACAGGAUUACAAAUCCUCCUGCACAGCCGCAGGGGCCGGCCAUGUUGACUCCGGACAUCGACUCUGGUUCGUUCUUCGGUGGCUUCAUGAAACAUAUUUUCAACUUCGGCGACGCGUCGAGAUUCAAACGCGCAGACGACCUGAACAUUACUAUCGACACACGCAUCACUGGAGGGAAAGCAACAGAGCUGAACCAGUUCCCGUGGCUGGCGCUGCUGAAGACGACCUUCAGCUACGGGUUCAGGGAGGCCGCCUUCGCGUGCGGGGGCUCCCUCAUCAGCGCCAGAUACGUGCUGACCGCGGCGCAUUGUGUGGUCGAGGACGGCGCCAGGGUUAAAUAUGUCGAAAUCACAUUAGCCGAGUUCGACAAGCGGACGUUCCCCACCGACUGCGUGGCGACGGCGGAGGGCCGGCGCUGCGUCGAGAACCGGGUGACUCACGCGGACACCGUCCUGCCGCACCCGCAGUACGACGACUCGCGGCUCCAGAACGACAUCGCACUGCUAAGACUUCGCGCCACGGCCCCCUACACCGAGUUCAUCAGGCCUAUUUGUUUGGCGCCGAUCGACGUGGACUCGCCGGAGUUCUCGAACAUUCCGCUGUCGGUGGCGGGGUGGGGGCGGGACGGGGAGGCCAACUCGGACGUGAAGCAGUGGACGGUGGUGGCGCUGGUGCCGCAGCGGGAGUGCAGGAGGAGCUACUCGCAGCUCACGCGCCGGCACCUGUGCGCGGCCGGCCAGAGCGGCCAGGACACCUGCAAGGGGGACUCCGGGGGGCCCCUCAUGAUCCUCUACGAAGGCCGCUACUACGUCUCCGGCAUCGUCAGCGGGAAGAGGGCGGACUCCCCCUGCGGAACUUCCGUCCCCUCGCUCUACACAAACGUCUACCAGUACUUAGACUGGAUAAAUAGUAACAUAAGGAAUUAAUCGUUUUAGCUAUUAAUUUAAUUGGACGACAUUACACUAAGUAAACAGUGCAUUUACAAUGACAUUAAAACAUGUUUUCACUACA